UUGCCAUCGCAAAUAUUUUGUAGAAUUAUUUGAAGCCUAGCCUUUUGACCUAAUGGUUUGGCAUCGAUUGUGCCGGUAAUUGGGCCAAUCACCUUCCUCAAGAUACACCCUUUCGCAUUUCUAUCUGCAUCGGUACUCUUACGUCUGUAGAGGUCAGUCAGUCAUAGUCAUCUAGCAAUUGAAAAAUUUGCAUAAAGUCGUUUUGCACUAGUAUAAUUUUAAACUUUUCACUACUUUAAUUAUGGCUUCCGAUAGUCAACAAUAUACCGACGGAAAUUUUGCUGAUGAUCAGCAAUAUUCAGAAUACAGCGAACAGAACUACACUGAAGCUAUGGAAGAGGGUGGUGACACAAGUGCUCAAAUGCAAGAAAUGAACGGAACAAAUGGAACUAACACAUCUAAAAGUUCAUCUGACGAUGAUAGGAAACUUUUUGUUGGUGGAAUAAGCUGGGACACUGAUCAAAAGGAUCUUAAAGAAUAUUUCUGCAAAUUUGGUGAUGUGACUGAUGUCACAAUCAAGACUGAUCCAGCUACUGGAAAGUCUAGAGGGUUUGCUUUCAUCACAUUUGCAUUAGAUGAGACAGUUGAUAAUGUUUUAAAGAAUGUCCCUCAUAAUAUCAAAGGAAAGCAGAUCGAUCCUAAGAGGGCAAAAGCAAGGCCUGGAAUUAAAAAAAUCUUUGUUGGUGGACUAGAUAUUGACUAUCCUGAAUCUGACAUCAGGGCUUACUUUGAAAAAUACGGAAAGGUUGAAAAUAUUGAACUUCCAUUUGACAAAGUUAAAAAUCAGCGAAGACAGUUUUGUUUUGUUACAUUUGAAACUGAAGAUGCAUGUGAACAAUCUUGCAAGCAAUCUAAGCAGAAGAUUGGAAAUAAAGAAUGUGAUGUUAAGAAAGCUACCAAUAAACCUGAUCCAAGGUUAGGUGGUGGUAGAGGCGGACCAUGAGCUGCAUGGGGAGCUGGUUUUGCUGGUGGCCGUGGAGCUGCUCGUGGUAGAGGAGCCAGAGGUCGUGGAGGUCCUAUUCCCCCUGCACCUCAAGGUUGGAAUGCUCCUGGAGCAUACGGAUCUGGUGGGUAUGGACAGCAAUCUGGCGGAUAUGGCUACAAUCAAGGCUAUGGCGGUGGAUACGGAAACUAUGGUGGUGGAUAUGAUUAUGGAUAUGGCAGUGGCUAUGGAGGAGGAUAUGGUAAUUAUGAUUACAGUGGCUAUUACAAUCAGCAAGGCAGUGGUGGAUAUGGAACAACUGGUGGUUACGGCCAACAGCCAAGUACCUACGGCAAGACUCCUCGACGUGGUGCAGCAGUUGGAGGUGCUGCAGCUGCUAAUGCCUACCACCCAUACAGCCGUUAAAUAAUUUUCAUGAACAUUUAAUCAUCUUUCAUAAUUUUCAUGUCUUGUACAUAGGCUAUACUGUCCUCAUGAAUAAAACUUUUAUUUCUAGUGCA